CCUUAAACCCUAGAUUAAGUCCCCAACACCAAAACCCUCCAUCCCUCCGACCUUGUUCUGUCAUGUCCAUUCUCCGAAAACUUAACACCAAAUCCCCUAACCCACAAUUUAUCUCCAGUUUAUUCUUCACGCGCUUCUCCUCCUCCGCUCAGUAUGUUGACCCCGGCCCAUUCGAAGACCCAUUUCCCGACGAGCCCACAUCGUCCUACUACGACCACCAGGUUUUCAAAGCCGGCCGAAAUGGAGAUAUGGCGACAGUAGGCUAUCUUCUCAACAAGCGAAUAAAAGACGGGUGCUUCAAUACCACGAAAACCUUCAGCUUCAUCACCAAUACGGAUUCCUCUCUCUCUAUCCUCGACCCUUUGAUCCAAACGUUGUCUCGUUUAGACAAAGGCAUCACGCGCAAGCAGGCUUUCGAUUUGCUUAUAGCACGUCUCUGCAAGAUCGAGAGAAUCGAAGAUUCCCUGCGCGUGGUUCAGACGAUGAUGGAAAAGGGAGAGUUGAACGCCGCCACCUUUCAUCCGAUCGUGAACGCGUUGGCGAAGAAGAAGAAGAUGGAGGAGGCGUGGCGGGUGGUGGAUAUAAUGAGAGUCGCCGGAGUUAAACCGGACGUGACGGCGUAUAAUUAUUUACUGACUGCGUACUGUUCCGAGAGUAAGUUGAGGGAGGCGAGCGCGAUGGUGAAGAAGAUAGAGGAGGAAGGGUUGGGUGCUGAUUUGCGGACGUACGACGCGCUGGUAUUGGGAGCUUGUAGGGUGGGGAAGGUGGAAGGGGGUUUGAUGUUGUUGAGGAAUAUGAUGGAUGCUGGAAUAUCGGUGAUGUAUUCGACGCAUACGCACCUGAUAAAUGGGAUGUUGAGUAUUAGGUAUUAUGACGGGGCGGUGAGGUUUGUGAAGGCAUGUGGAGGGAGGGAUGCAAUGUUGGAUCAAGAGAGUUUUGGGGUUUUGGCUAAUAAAUUGGUGAGGUUGGGAAGGGAAGUGGAAGCUAUGGUUGUUUUGAGUGAAAUGAAGAAAAGGGGAUUGUCGUUUGGUAAAAAAUUGAAUGAUUUUUAUGAAAUGCAUCUUAAAAACAUCAGCUAAGCAUUUUGGCAUCUAUGUUAAAGCUACUAGCCAAAAGAAUGGAGGGUUUAUGCUUGGUAGCAGUUUUGAAGUACUGAAAAUUUUAGAAGGGGACAAAGAUACACACAUACACACACAUCGCGUAGGUGCAAACCUAAGAAGAUGAAUGAAGUUCCUCUAGCAAGUAUCUUAGCCAAAUAAGUCCAAAGAAGAAUGAGCUAUAACUGUGUAGCCUUAUUUGGUACUUGGUCUUGCAACAAGGGCCUUCUUCUUAAUCCUCCAUGAUACAGAUAGUUGUAGAGAUCUCUAUCAAAAUCUUGAGGGUGGCAGUGGCUCGCUAAAAACAUUGGUAAGAAAGUGGAUACGUCAGCUCUCUAAUGGAUCUGCAAUGACAGAUAAGAGUACAUCAGCACCAUGAGGUGUUUCAGCUGCUUCUCUUAAAGUCCUUCGCCCAGAUACGUCUCAGAUGCUGAUUUAUGAUCCAAGGCAGCAUCAUGAUACAAGCUUUUACUUGAGUAAAAAUAUAUGCCUGUGAUUUUUUCAAUGGUAUUCUAUUUUUCUUAGCAACUUCAUUAGGCCACGAAUGGAUGGAGUAUCUCAUUUGGUGUUGACUUGUUCAUAUACAUUGGUCCUUAGCAGUAUUGAACUUGAAACUAAAGAUAUCCUUUGCGUAGACUUAUGCAGUCAUUUAUGCAUGAAAUAGUCAUAUAUGCAGUCAUUAGCAGUAUUGAACUUGUUCAUAUGCAGUUUACAAAUCAGUGAUGGCCGCAAACUAUAAAUUCCAAAAGCCAUCAAAAGGUUUAUCCACGAGAAAUUUGUUCUUGUAAGUUAUUCGGAUUCGAGUCAGAUAGACGAUGGAUGUGGUGAGAAUCAUUUCGCCAUGGAUCCUGAAGUUGAGCCGCAAAUUGCAAAGUCCAAAGGACGUCUUCAAUGGAAGGUCGAGCGGUCGGGUCAUCGGACAGGCAUCUCAGGCAUAUGUCCAUCACUGUCUUCAAGGAUUCAGUUGAGCAUUCUUUGAUAAUUGUAGGAUCCACUAUGCUUCUUCGAGCCGUAUCAUCCAUCUUAUUGCUCACUUGUAUCUGCACGUAGUAUUUAGUUUUGCCUUAAAACCUAAACCCAAGUUCAUGUUUUUUAUUUUGUUAUCUGUAAUUUUGUGUAUUUGUAUUUUUGUUAUAUUAUAUUUUAAUGAUUUAUUUUGUUAUUUUUAAA